GUUGAUGAGCCAUGCAGAUCACAGGUUGGCGUCCGAGAAAGACAGAAACACAUGAACCUUCAGUAGCGGGCUACUAAUGCUUGACCAUGUCCACUGGUGCAAGAUCAUGACUUCACUCAACGACUCAGAUGAAACCUCCCCUCCCUCCUUCCCUGUCUCCUCCCUAGACCACAAUUUCUCCGUCUUUGUCACCCAUGACCCUUCAUACUCCCCCAUAUCCUUCCCCACCUCCUCCCCCUCCUCGCUGACGCCCUCUAACUGCACCAGCUCUCCGUCAGCCCCCUCUCCUCCAUACAACUUCUACGCAGUGCUGCUGGUGCUCCUGAUCUUCUGCGUGGUGUUUGGUAACGUGCUUGUGUGCGUGGCGGUGUCGCGGGAGCGCGCUCUACAGACCACCACCAACUACCUCAUUGUGUCGCUGGCUGUGUCUGACCUGCUGCUGGCCACACUGGUCAUGCCCUGGGGCGUCUACCUGGAGGUGGUGGGAGAAUGGCACUUCAGCCUUAUCCACUGUGACAUCCUGCUCACCCUCGACGUCAUGAUGUGCACCGCCAGCAUCCUCAACCUCUGUGCCAUCAGCAUCGACAGAUACACAGCAGUGGCCAUGCCGAUGCUCUACAACACCAGAUACAGUUCCAGGAGGAGGGUGGCAGUGAUGAUUGCUGUGGUGUGGUUCCUUUCUUUUGCCAUCUCUUGUCCUUUGCUGUUUGGGCUCAACAACACAGCCAGCCGGGAGGGCACCACAUGCAGCUUUGCCGAUCCGGCCUUCGUGGUCUACUCAUCUGUGGCCUCUUUCUACGUUCCCUUCAUCGUAACAUUGCUGGUUUAUGCACAGAUCUGUGUGGUGCUGCGCAAACGAGGCAGACGCACCGCCCCACCGCGCAGACACAGCCUGCACACACAGAGCGGGGCUGAGGCAGGAGAAGGUCAUCGACACAGGAAGAAUAAGUGCACACAACCAGAGGAUGUGAAGCUGUGCACCCUGAUCCUGAGGCCCUCCACCGGGGGCCCUCAGCGCAAGAAAGUGACCCUGGUAAAGGAGGCGGUGGUUCACCCCCUCGGAGUGGAGCCGGGUCAGUUCCUACCGCAGACCGAGCAGAGCCUGGCUCCUCCUCCUGCUCCCCAAACUUCCUCCCACUCAGGACGGGCCAGGAUCUCCCUGGCCAUCUCGGUUGGGCCGGCCCCGGUUCUUCCCUCGACCGUGACACGAUCGGCCCUGAUGCCUCGCCCGCCCACCCUGGAGGAUGGCAUGAGGGGCCGCGAGGGAUGGAGGGAGCGCAGCGGAGGGAGAGAGAAAUGGGGGAUCACCAAAGAGAGGGUGAGAGGACGGCUGUCGCAGCAGAAGGAGCGGAAGGCAACACAGAUGCUCGCUAUUGUGCUCGGUGUGUUCAUCAUCUGCUGGCUGCCUUUCUUCUUGACUCAUGUGCUAAAGGCCCACUGCAGGAGCUGCUGUAUCUCGCCCUCACUGUACAGCGCUGUCACCUGGCUGGGAUACCUCAACAGUGCCGUCAACCCUGUCAUCUACACCACUUUCAACGUUGAGUUUCGCAAGGCCUUCAUCAAGAUCCUGCACUGCUGAGAGCUGGAGAGAUCAGAACCAUCAAGAAAAAACAAAGCCUGACGUUGGUUUGAGAUCUGAGGUGAGAGAGAAAGAAGUAGUCAGCAGUUUUGAUUCACAGGAAGAACGAGGGUUGAGACAAUAGAUGGACGAUAGGUGAGUUCAGUGGUAAAAGCUUCUUGGGAAGACAAGGGAAAUGUAACCAGCAGCUCAAACAAGACUGAAGACAGAAGACAUGGCAUAUACAGAAGGACUGAAAACAGACAAAGAAACUACUAGACGAUCAUUAAAAGGGAAUGUGUGACAAUUAAAAGACAACUACAAGAAACAAAUAAGGCUUGAGAUAUUAUGGAAGACUUUCGCUGUGUUGUACAUACGGUCUGAAAGUGAUGUGUGAUCUUUCCACGGCAACCAGACUGACAGACUUCCCACGUGACUGUUUUUCCUAUACUCAAUGUGUGAGACUUUCGCUGUCGUAUUUUACUGUAAUCUUGACAAACAGCAUCUUGUUAUUUGUUCGCAUGUGCUUAUUUUUCUCAGAGGGCUGGAACAAGUUGAUGCAAACAAAAAAAACCUUCAGCUAAGAAUCCACUACAACCUUCUUUUUUUACUUUCACGCUAUUGGAUCAAUCAUUCUUAACACUCCGAAAACCAGCUGAUGUUAUAUCAAGACAGCAUUAUUGAUUUUUAUGGCACACAGCACAUCAG